AGCCAUUUAGUCAGCAUCAAGUUCCAUUCUUGACGAGUAAUGAUGUCUUCAAACUGGAAUCCGGAAGGUUGCAGAGAAGAGGAUGGUGCUUUGUUGGCAGGUGCCAUCCCUGAAAAGUUCCCGUCAGUGGACAUUCCAACGGGUUGCGGAACGCUAGAACCAACGAUCACAGGCGGUUUUGAUGCUUGGAUCAAAGCGAAUCCGCAACUUGAGAGUCAAGCCUACAACGAGAUUUUAAAAUGCCCCAAUUGUGGAAAGCCGUGUGCUGUCACGAUGACCCUUUGUAAUGCUUGCGGAACGUCGCUCGCUGAAGUAGCUGUGUCCAAGAGUCCCAAUCUUUUCGUAGCUUUUAUUUUUGGAGUGGACAAAACAGCGUUUCCUUUAAAAAUUUCAAUGCGCCUGGAAACCAAAGACAUCAUGGUAUUCGAUGAUCCAUUGGCGAUCACUCGAGCUCACCUCCUUUCUGUCCCCACAGACGUGUACUGUCCUGACAUUCGGUCUCUUUUUGUUGAUCCUGGUCCAGCUUUGGCUCUGCUGAAGAGGAUAGAGGACUCUGCCUGGGCUGCUUUGCGACAGGGACAUUUGGCAUCUGCAGAGUGGCGUCGAAAAGCUUUAUCAGCUGCAGGAAAUGACAUGCCUAUCGAAGCUCUUCGCGAGCAUGUGAUAAUGGCAUUCAACUUGCCACCUUCGCAAUACCAACUGCAUCUGCAGUACAUGCUGCCGCCUCUUUUGCCUUCGCACUUGGGGGUCUUCAGACGUGGUGCGCACUUCAUGCACAUGCGGCACUUUCCUCUGAAAUUUGUGAGAGAAACUCUGCAGAAAAUGUAUGCUACUGGCGCGGCUUUCCCAGAAGCCCCAACACUGACUGCUCAAGAGUUGGUGGAACGUAUCUCAAAACUUGGUGUUGACUACGACAAAGCCCAUGCUGAAGAUAUGGAUCGACUUGCAAAAAGCAAUGCCUUACUGGCAAACUAUGAUCCAGCCGACUUCAAGCAUGCAGUGAAAGGAGAGGAAAUCACGGACAAGCACACCAGGAGCAAAGUCGAGGCCCCAUCUGCUAAAGAGCUGGAUGCAGCAGAUAAGCUGGCGCUGCAAGGCUAUGGUCGGCCCUAUAAAGAUGGCAAACCAGGUGGAGUCUACUACUCUUAUCCUCGUUCGCCAGAAGCGUUGCCACUGAUGGAAUCUAAAACCGCGGCCUGUGAUGGUGUCUGUGGCCUCUUUCGAUAGGUCGCCAAAGCCUGACUGCCUGGCUUAAACUGCCAGUCGGCGAGUCGCCUUCCUUAGUGCCCUGAGGAACUGUUGAGCUGGUUGAAUUGGCCAAAAAAA